GCAUUUCUUGUCCGUUCCAAUCAUGGCUGACGUCAUAGAUCUUGACGAUUACGAGGAUGUGCCUGGCGGCGGUGCGCCUGCAGCACCGCAGCCGAUGCCGACCAGUAGGGCAGCACUCUACAGCAGCCUCUACACGUACGCUGCUUCAAGUGACGGCACCACCACACGAAUGCCAGCAUUUCAACACACAAACAGCGCCUCUGUCGAUGUGUGUGUGGUUGCAGUCAUCUGGAGAGGAUAGAGGAGCUGAGUGAUCAGCAGAAUGGCAACGGCAACAAGGACGACGGCAAGGCCAAGGCCGGCAAGAAGAGGAACAACGCCAGCAGGGCCAAGCCCAAGAAGGCCAAGAAGCCCUACAAGUCCCUGCCGUACCAUGGUGGUGACGACUAUGAUGACGACGACUAUGGCGAUGAGGACGACUACGAUGAGGAGAUGCCGCUGCCUCCGCCGGCGUGGGGGGGAGGGGCACCCAUCAAGGGCAAACCCAAGGGCGUCGGAUACGGUGAGCGAGCUGGGCUGAUCAUCUACGUUGGCCAAGACCAUCACAACAAAUGACGCUGCGCGGGUGUGUCGUGUUGUUGGUGUGCUUGCCUUGCUGGGUGGCUGUGUUGUGUCGUGUCAGGCUCCGACUUGGCGCACGGCCAGAGGAAGAUCUGGAACGCGCAGGAGGCCGAGGAGCGCCAGAAGGAGUUCGACACACAAAUCACCACAGUAAGCAAAUAUAUAUGCUGCAGGGCCUUGCAGGAAAGGACACACAUCGCCUGAUGUCGUUCUCUCUGGUGUGCAGCAUUUGAUAGGAUUGGCGGCGGUGAUAGAGGAGCUCAAGUCCAAGACAGCCGAGGAGUCGGCGGCCGCGUCGGAGACUGGCAGUGGCGCCAAUGCGCCCGCCGCUGCCCAUGACGUCGUGGACCUCGACGAUGACGAUGAGGAAAUGGCGGGCCCGGCCGACGGCCCGGCGCCCGCUGCUGCUGCUGCCGCUGCCGCUGCUGCUGCUGCGUCGUCUUCUGCAGCAUUGGCCAAGCCGCGAAGAGACCCCCUGGAGAGACUACAGUCCAACCUGUCAGUCCAUUCAUUCACGACGCACACACGCCACCCACACGCCUGUCUGUGUCCGUCAUCACAGUCAGUGAUUGUGUGGUUGGUUGCUUGGUUGGUUGGUGCACAUGUGUAUUGUGUGUGUGCAGGAGCAAGUCUGGUUUGGAGUCGUGUUUGACGGACUGGCUGAAGAUAUCCUUCACCGAGAUGUGCGAGCGCAUUGACUUCUACUACACUGUUUUUCAGGUGACAGACAGUGACAAACUGGUUGCACAGGGAUGGAAUGGAGAUGGACGGACCCCUCCCCUCCCCUCUCCUCCCCUCCGUCUGCUGUGUGUGUUCACCGAUCGGCUGACAGAUGAUGAAAUCGCUGGCCUCUCUCUCCAAGUUUGUCGAGGGAUGGGACUCCCGCCUCUGGCGCGCCAUCCAGUCCCUCAAGACAGAGUAAGACUCCCCCCCUCGUCACACACGACACAGAAGACACAGAGCACAAAUUGGCUGUUUUGGUCAUUGCUUUCCCUUUGUCAGGGCCUCCAUCUUCCACAAGAGUGUCAAGGGUCUCGAGGCCGACGACAAGCCUGCCGAGGACAACGCUGCAGGCUCCGCCGCGGCAGCAGCAGCAGUGGCAGCAGCGGCAGGAGGUGAAGAUGUCCCGAAGAAGAAGAAGCGCAAGAAGCAGAAGGCCGCCCCCGCCGUGCCCAAACCCCCAUACGCCUUCCAUCCCAACAUGCAGCCCCCAUUCAUGGGGGGCAACAUGUGGGGCAUGCCAUACGGGCCAUAUGGGCCACACGCAGCGGCAGCAGCAGCGGCUGCCGCACCAGCGGAGCUCAAUGAGCAGGAGAAGCGACAGCUACUUAACUACAAGUAUGCCAGCACACCUGCCUGAAGAAACAUGAACUGCAUCCAUCUGUGUGUGUGUGUGACUGGUUUGUGUGUGUCAAGGGAGUUUGCGGGUUUGGUGAUCAGCGUGUUGGACGACCUGCUGCCCCACAUGCCCACCCCGAAGGCCAAGGACCCACCAGCCCCGGCCGGCGCAUCCGAGGCGGCGGCUGACGGCUCCCCCGGCCGCAAGAAGGCCGCGGGAGUGAGGAAAUCGUCACGCCUGAACAAGGGGGAUGACCCAGAGGGUGGCGGCAAGGGUGCGAAUGUGGGUGGCAGGAAGCGCAAGAACCAGGGCUGGUUCGGCUUUGGGUCGGGGGCUGGGAGUGGGAGUGGGGGGCAGGGCGAGAGCGCUAGUGCUAGUGCGAGUGCAGCAGCUGGAGGAGGGGCGGGGGGUAGCGAGCCGACGGAGGAGGAGUACCAGCAGUUGAUGAAGGGCCACCUGGUGGAUAGCUAUGACAUCAUGCACAACCACCUCUAUGCCAACCAGUGUCGACAGGAGCGGUAAGUAAGGAGGUAACCACACAGACGCACACACACACACAUGUCCCUUGGUGUGUGUGGUGUGCGUAUAUAUGGGUUCAUUGCAGUGCCAACCCCCCAAGGCGUCAGAUGCGUCUGGCCACCGAGAUGGGCGGGCUGCCGUCCCUCCUCCCAUGCUUCACAUCCUCGUCGGUCUUCGUGCGAUUUGACAACACCAACACGGCUCUCUGGAGGUACGUGGGUGACCAAAGAGACACACAGACGGGCAACUGUCACUGUAAAUCACCGACACGACAUCACAUCACAUCACUGUGUGUCGCUUGCCUUGCUGCGGUGUCGGUGUGUGUUAUCAGGGCACUCAUUACCGGUCCAGAAGGUGAGAGAGAGAGAGAGAGAGAGAGAGAGAGGGGCGGAGGGGACACGGCACAUGCGUGUUGUGUUGGCUUUGGGUCAGUGAGUCAUAUAUUUUCUCGUUGGUCGGUCUUCUGCUCUGGUUGGCAUGCAGACACGCCGUACGACUCGGGCUGCUUCGUUUUCGACAUCUAUUUCCCGCCACAGGUCCACACAUACACACACACACAGACGCGGCCAUUGAUCUGUGUCAACUCAACCAAGUGUGUCUUUGCUUCCUCCCUGCCUCAGUACCCGGCGGGGCCGCCACAAGUGCUGCUGCGGACCACUGGCGGCGGCAAAGUCCGAUUCAACCCUAACCUAUGUAAGCUGACCUGACGGCUCGCCUCGUGUGUGUGUGUACAGGCAUCUGUCUGCCCUCUGCUGUGUGUUUGUGUGGUUUCAGACGAGUGUGGCAAGGUGUGUUUGAGUCUGCUGGGCACAUGGGCGGGCGGUGCCGGUGAGGGCUGGGACCCCCAGGUGUCCAAAGCACUGCAGGUCUUGGUAUCCAUCCAGGUACACAAACCACACACGCACACGGACAGAUGUUCACUGACUGGGUGGGCGGGCGGCUCACUGCUGACUCCCUGUGUGUGUGUGUGCAUCGCUGCAGAGUUUGAUUCUCGUAGCUGAUCCCUACUUCAACGAGCCCGGCUACCAGAGCCAGAUGGGCACCCCCAGAGGCCAGCAGUAAGCUCUCGUCAAUGAGGAACAAAGGAGCACUGACUGCACCACAGGUGUGCAUUGUGGGUGUAUGUGUGUGUGUGUGUGCUGUCUGUGUGCAGGGCGUCUGCUGGGUACAACGAGAACAUUCGCUGUGGCACCGUCAAGUACGCCAUCCUCGAGACACUCCAGGUGACAUACCCUCCCGGCAGACAUCAGACACACCAUCCCUGUAUGUGUCUAUGUGUGGUGUGUGCAGCACCCCCCUCCCGAGUUUGCGGCGGUGGUGAAGGCGCAUUUCAAGCAGCGGAGGGCGCACGUCAUCAAGACCUUGGAGGGGUGGGCGAGUGGCAGGGUCUCCAAGACGGACGUCAACAAAGUCAAAAGCCUGCUAGACAAACUCUGACGGACGGAG